ACUCGGACCUUCGCACACCUGCUGGUUGUAUCACAGGGCUCAACCACACAAGGAGGAAAAAUGGUUAGCCGUUUUGAACACCCCGCUGGAGACUACAAGAAGAUUUUCGAGACUGUGGAGGAGCUGAAUGAACCUCUACCAGCCACAGUCACUGGGCGAAUCCCUUCCUUUAUCAGAGGAAGUCUUCUUCGCCUGGGUCCUGGCCUUUUUGAGGUGGGAUCUGAACCCUUCUACCAUCUCUUCGAUGGCCAAGCCCUGAUGCACAAGUUUGAUUUCAGCAAUGGCCAGGUCACCUAUUUCCGCAGGUUCGUCAAGACAGAUGCCUAUGUGCGUGCCAUAACUGAAAAACGUGUUGUGAUCACUGAAUUUGGAACCUGUGCCUAUCCAGAUCCCUGCAAGAACAUCUUCUCCAGGUUCUUCACUUACUUCAAAGGUGUUGAGGUAACAGACAACUGCCUGGUGAACGUUUAUCCCAUUGGAGAGGACUUCUAUGCUGUUACAGAGACCAACUACAUCACUAAAGUGAAUGUAGAUACUCUAGAGACGCUGAAAAAGGUUGAUAUGUGCGACUAUGUGAACAUUAAUGGAGUAACAGCGCACCCCCAAAUUGAAAGAGACGGCACUGUUUACAACAUUGGAAACUGCAUGGGAAAGGGAGCCACGCUGGCUUACAACAUCGUCAAGAUCCCACCAACUCAGAAAGAUAAGUCAGACCCCAUUGAGAAAUCCAAGGUUGUGGUCCAGUUUCCCAGUGCUGAGAGGUUCAAACCAUCCUAUGUACACAGCUUUGGGAUGACAGAAAACUACUUUGUCUUCGUGGAGACGCCCGUCAAAAUCAACCUGCUGAAGUUUUUGGGCGCCUGGGCUAUUCGCGGCUCCAACUACAUGGACUGCUUUGAAUCUGAUGAAGAAAAAGGAACAUGGAUCCACAUUGCUAAGAAGGACCCAGGAGAGUACAUUGACUACAAAUUCAGGGCUGCCGCAAUGGGCCUUUUCCACCACAUCAACGCAUAUGAAGACUCGGGCUUCAUCGUCUUCGAUCUGUGUACCUGGAAAGGAUUUGAGUUCGUGUACAACUACCUGUGGCUGGCGAACCUCCGUGAAAACUGGGAUGAGGUGAAGAAACACGCCAUGAUCGCCCCUCAGCCAGAAGUGCGGAGAUUUGUGAUUCCACUGGACCCCUACAGGGAGGAGCAGGGAAAGAAUCUGAUCUCUUUGCCCUACACCACAGCCACAGCUACCAUGCGCGAGGACGGAACCAUCUGGCUGGAGCCUGAGGUGCUUUUCUCCGGCCCUCGACAAGCUUUCGAGUUCCCUCAGAUCAACUACAAAAUGAACAACGGGAGGAACUACACCUAUGCUUACGCACUCGGCCUUAACCACUUCAUCCCAGACAGGAUCUGCAAGCUGAACGUGAGGACUAAGGAGACGUGGGUGUGGCAGGAGCCAGACUCGUACCCCUCAGAGCCCCUGUUCGUACAGAACCCUGAAGGAGUUGAUGAGGAUGACGGUGUCCUGCUGACUAUCGUGGUUUCCCCCGGAGCUCAGAGACCAACGUACUGCCUGAUCUUGAAUGCCAAGGACCUGUCAGAGAUCGCCAGGGCCGAGGUGGAUGUCAUGUCGCCCGUCACCUUCCACGGGAUGUACAAGCCAUAG